GACGUGAAAGAGUGAAGGAUCAGAAGGAGGGGGAUGUAAAAGCCAGGUUUUUAUUGGAAGCAAUUGAAGUGGUUGCUAUGAGACCCGCAACAGCAGAGGACCAGCAGCCAGACUGAUGCUGAUGGUUCUUAGCUCGUACUAAACCUUUCCUCUGACACAGUUUUAGAGUUGUUUAAUAUCUGAGCAAGCACCUGACACGGGUGACUUUUUCCUUCCUUUUUUUUUUCCCUCCUCCAGUUCCUCGGGUAAGAUGGAGGUAGAAAAUGAAGCCAGCUGUUCCCAGGGCAGCGCGACAGGCGGGUCCAGAGAGUACAAGGUGGUAAUGCUGGGAGCAGGGGGAGUUGGUAAAAGCGCAAUGACAAUGCAGUUUAUCAGUCAUCAGUUUCCUGAUUAUCAUGACCCCACUAUAGAAGAUGCUUAUAAGACCCAAGUUAGGAUUGACAAUGAGCCAGCUUAUCUGGACAUCUUGGACACUGCUGGCCAGGCAGAAUUUACAGCCAUGCGGGAGCAGUACAUGCGAGGCGGAGAGGGCUUCAUCAUCUGUUACUCUGUUACUGACCGCCAAUCAUUCCAGGAGGCUGCCAAGUUUAAAGAGCUCAUUUUUCAGGUCCGCCACACCUAUGAAAUUCCCCUGGUGCUGGUGGGUAACAAAAUUGACCUGGAACAGUUCCGCCAGGUCUCUACAGAAGAAGGCUUGAGUCUUGCCAGAGAAUAUAACUGUGCUUUUUUUGAGACCUCUGCAGCCCUUAGAUUCUGUAUUGAUGAUGCCUUUCAUGGCUUAGUAAGAGAAAUUCGCAAGAAGGAGUCCAUGCCAUCAUCCAUGGAAAAGAAACUGAAGAGAAAAGGCAGCCUCUGGAAGAAGCUGAAAGUCUCCCUGAAGAAAAAGAGAGAAGCCACAGCAUGAUCUCCUUGCUGUUGAGUCCCUCUCUGUCUCUCUGAAUUUUAUCAGUCGGACAAUUCUGCUUCUCUAUUCUCUUUUCCUCUUUCUUUAUAUAUCUGCCUUUAGGUAGAAGUUAGAUCUGCAUAACUGUACCUCUUGAGAUAGUUUUGUUUUGCCUUUAACAGUUGGAUGGAUUUUGUCAAUCAGCCGGAUAUGCUUUUAGUUUUUACAAUAUAUUAGUAAAUAAAAUUGACAUUCCAAUUGCCUCAUUUCCCUUUAAAGAGUCUAGCUUCAUUUGGUAUGCUGUCUGGUUAUAAGGAAAUAUGCAAAAUUGCAAGCAGAAUGAUAAAAGGCUCAAGGGAUCUGCCUUUGCCUGAUAACACUGGUUGUUUGCAUUUCAGGAAUCUCUGUAAAUAAUGAAGCAGCUUGGGAAAUAAUUUCAGAACAGGAAUCUGCAUCCUGGUCUUUCCUUAAGUGUAAAAGUCACCAUACUACUUCUUGAAUGCUUCAGAAAUGAAUGUCAGAGAAAUUAUUUAUAAUGGGAACUGGUAUGGGUCAUUAAAAAGCCAAAAUGAAAGAUACCCUUAUUUACAGUGUUCUGCCCCCUUUUCACUUGUGUGAAAGUAUCACAGUGAAGCCACAGGGCUGUGGCAAAAGAAUAUUGUCUAUGUAAUGAGAAGAGACUAGCGAUUGUGAAUUUGGUGAUUCAUACACUUAUAAAAGGAUCUUGUGCUCCCUCUCAGGAAGUAAUCUCUUAGAACUCCUUCAUCUGCAUAUACAUAUAUGUAGGUGAUGAGUUUUGAUAACCCAACUGACUCAACCUUGUCAUAUUGCUAAAAUCUUUUCUCUCCUUUUACAUGAAAUGUGAUGAGACGCCACCAGUUAGAUGCUUUGUACUUGUUUUUGUUACAAUGGGUCAUCAUGUAAAAUGAAGUCAUCUGUCGUUCAUUUUUUUCCCAUUGUGUGAAUUGGCUUAUUUAAAUUCAAGGUAAGAAACUACUAAAAGGGAUAGCUUUGAAUGUUGAAUAGAGAAGCAUUUAGGAAAACUCUAAGUUAAGCAUGAAUCCAACAAAACAUUGUUCACGGGUUGAGGGGACAGUUUUAGCAUAAAUUAGGUUAUAAAGGGAAGAGGACAAUGGUGUCCUUCAGUAUUUCAUCACUGAUUCUUCCUUUUUUCCACAAUGUCUCUGGCAUUUGGUAAACUUUGAGAGUAUAGAAAUGAAUUACUCAGACUUAGGCCCUGAAUUCUGUAUCUGUGAGAUUCUGUCCACAUGCAUUACUUUACAUGUAAUAUAGAUACAAAUAAAAGGGAAAUUAUAGAUUAUCAGUUCUUACCUGUUGAUCAAGAUCAGUCUUUCAGAAUAUUACACUUGUGGGUUCUUUUACAGACUGGAGCCAGGGCCCUUUCUCAAACCCACCUAGAGCCCUCUGUUCUUACUCCUAGGCCUUCCCACCAAGGAAGCUAGAAGGUACUUAUCUUUUGUUAGUAAUUUCUACUAUUCUGUCCCUUAGGCUUUACUGAAACCAAGUCUUUUAUGCACUGAUGCAUGGACUUAUCGAAGUUUUCUCCAUCCUGAAUUUCCCCUAAAACUAAAUGCAUAAUACUUCUCCAUUGUAACUCGUGUUCACAAUUAAGAUGAAAAGCCAAAAUAAAAUAAAAUAAAGUUGAUAUAAAAUCACAAGAUUUUUUAAAAAUUAAAUUUAUUUUAAAUUGACACAUUAAAAAUUAUACAUAUACAUGGGUUCAUGUGAUACAAGAUAAUCUUAAGCGUUCAAACUGAUUUUUGACUUCUUCCUUUGUUUUGGAAUGUUCAAUUCUUUGCACUUGUCCCUUUAAAUUAGCUCAUUCACCUUCAGUAGGUUCUUUGCUUCUUACAGUCCCUGACCCUGGAAUCCUUCCAAGCCUGAGAAUGUUGCACUCCAACAGUUACUCCCUGUUUGCCAGAAGAAGAAAUUCAGAAAACAGUAAUUGGCACUAAUUUUUCUGUGUUCAAUCUGCUUUUUUGUAAACUUGAUGAUUCCCCUACCUAUAAAUGACAUUGUUUGGUGCAUGUUCUAACACAGCCGAGUCUUUGUAAAUUUUAAUUUUUUUUUAUCUUUAAUUGAUAACUCCUCUGCCUUUGGCCUUAAAGUUUUGUAUCUCAUUUUACUCUUAUUCCAUCUCUUUCGUUAUAAUGCUUAAAUAAA